AUGCCUGCGACUCACAAGAAAAACCUGCUUGCCAGUAGAAGACGGCGAGAAGAUGAUGGGGAAGAUGAUGCGUCGGUGGUGGGAGACUUGGAAGAUGACUCGAUGAGCGAAGGCUCUGCACUGAGCAAUGUUGAUGAUGAUGAAGAUGAAGAAGGAGAUGUAGAGGCAGAAGGCAGCAAUUCCAGUGGAGAUGAACAUGAGCAGGCGAAAGCUGCCGAAAAGAAAGCCAAAUCCGCUAAGCAACAAGGUGAAGAUGGGGAUGAUCAUGCUCCUACAGUCAAAGCACCGGACUCUAGAGAUCCAUUGCAGCCCACCGCCGGUACAGAUGUUGUGCCGCCCGAAUCAAAUGCGCCUCCAAAAUCGCAAGAGCCCGAAGAACUUCGUUUCGAAGAACUGGCAAUACCCGCGGGGAAUGAAGCUACCACUGGCAGCGAAACUGUGAUUCCCAAGGCUCCGCGACAUGAGACAGUCUCACAACGCAGCCGAAGGGAGCAUCAAGAAUAUGUUAGGCAGCGCGACGCCAAUCCUGCAUUCGUGCCUACUCGAGGCGGGUUCUUCCUUCACGAUGAUCGCAAUUCAAGGUCCUCGGGACAGCACCCGAGGACAUUUGGACGCGGCAGAGGCCGGGGAUUCGCGGCCCCGGUACAUGAAGCAGGGCGCGGCGGCGGCUUUAAUGAGCCUACGAACAGACCUUGGGCUCAUGAUCUUCAUGAAGGCCUUGAAACGGCACCGAGAGAAGGAGCGCUGCAAGGGAAGCAAGACGGACUUUCAGAAAUGCAACGAACGCAGAACCCUGCAGCGUCAACGGCUCCAAACAGAUCCUUUUCAUUUUCAACAGUUCUGGGAAAUGUCACCGUUCAGAUCUCCUUCCCGGGAAUGGCUCAGAAAAUCUCCGUUCCAAAUGUGGUCAAAAAACAACAUACACUGCUACCGCAACACCGACCCCCCUUGAGGCGAGACAAACCCGUCCGAAUCUCAAUACCUGACACUGCGCCCCGAUAUAUUUUCCCCAGCACCGAGAGAUCUUUCAUCUUCAUUCCUCGAGCAAUGCGUCCAAACCAACAAUCAUAUCGUGGUCGUGGGCGGGGAAGCUUCCAUGGAAGCCGAAGACCGAGCAUUUAUGGCAGCACCUACACUCCGAGUGUUGCAAUGAGCCGGAAAUCUUCGGUGGGGGCAUCUACCCUAAGGGACGGUAUACGGUCGCCAGCUGAUUCGGUGUUGUCGCGCAUGGGCAUUCCUGGCAUGGAAAGCACCCGGCCUAUUGUUCGGAUGCCAUCAACGGUUCCUACCCCGUCGCUUUCGAGGAGUGGGAUGCACGGCUUGAAUGGUCAGAUCGGAAUGAGUGCACCAGCUCCCCCCAUGUAUGGCAGCCAUUCCACUGCUAUACCAAUGCAUCAACCAAGACCUCAGAAAGCGGUGUCUCUUGCAGACAUUGAAUCUCCAGCAUCCUUCCAUUUCAAGGCCCCGCAACCGCAGCAAGAACAACCAUUUCAUCAACAGGUCCCAGCCCACAUUGUCGAUGCCUAUGCGGAGGGGAAGGAGGUCCAACCUGGUCAACAAGCCGCACCAGCUCUGGCUGGAGUGGCGCCGCUAUCACAGAUCCCCGAAGGCGCAGUUUUCGCACAAGGCUAUCCAUCGUACCCUGUAAUGGGAGCGCCGGCCUACUUUGGCGCGCCUUACAACCCUGGCACGCUGUUCUAUCCCCCCAUGGUGGACACGAACUCUUAUGGCGUCCAAAUGCAUGCGCCCUCAUUGGCACCUAGCUUCGUCCCAGGUUCUCAUUCGCAUCCUGUCGCGUACAUGCCUGCUCCUGGUGCUGUGGAAGGCGGAAUGCCACCCAACCCUGUUGCGCACGAGUCAAACGGAAUGGUCUAUUACUAUAAUCCCCCGAUGUUCGCGCCUGACGCUCCAAGCGGACUGCAACCCCUACCAGUUGCUUCCAAUGGUAACAUGACGGCGAUGUCCAACAGGAUGUCCGGGCAACCUCCUUUUUACCUUCCUUCUGCGCCCGCUGGCAUGUUUUACCAGGCACAGUCUGGAUGA